AUGGCUCUAGCAGAACUAAAUUGGACGAUCGAGUUCGGAGGAAAACUAUUGUUCACUUGCUGCUGGACAAGUCCGUUGACUGCGGGAUACGGAAACAGGAACAGCAAUGGAGCCGCUAAGAAAAUUGCGGACUAUGGCGGCCCUCGGCUUUCACAGGUUAGGACGGUAGUAGAGAGUGGCCAUCGUUCGGAGUACUCACAAAAACGUUCGCCAGUUUAUUUUCACGAAGCCUUGAUGUUAACUUGUUGGUGUAUUCAAUGUCUUUUCGAGAUCGUGUUUAUGAAGUCGGGUCUGAGGUGCGAACACAACAAGGGCGGUUGGGACUGA